GUAGAUAGAUGAACAAAACGUAAGCAUCAUUAUUCACACACCUUCAUCUACUGUCCAUUCCUUAUUUCAUCUUCCUUUUCGUCUCUUUCAGUUCAUCCAAAAUAUCUCUCACUCAUAGCAAACGCACUGUCACAAAUAAUCAACUUUUUUUUGUUAUUUUGUUUACCUAUUAAGCAUGUGUUUAUGCAGAUUUUCUGCUCACAAAUAUCAGGAAGGAAUGUUCUUCUUGCCUUUGAUUCAAGUUUAUUAAACCAAUUCUGUUAUUUUCAAGAGUAUUCUGGGAUUUUGCUUAAAAGGGAAGAUCUGAAGGGAUAUGGCUACACUAGGGGAUAUUGGGCUUGCAGCAGCUAUUAAUAUAAUAACUGCUUUUAUUUUCUUGAUAGCUUUUGCUAUUUUGAGGCUGCAACCUUUUAAUGAUAGAGUUUAUUUUCCAAAAUGGUAUCUUAAGGGGUUAAGAACAAGCCCUACAACAUCUGGGGCAUUUGCAAGCAAGUUUGUGAAUUUGGAUUAUCGAUCGUAUUUACGGUUCCUUAAUUGGAUGCCGGAUGCGCUAAAGAUGCCGGAACUGGAGCUCAUUGAUCAUGCUGGAUUGGAUUCUGCAGUCUAUUUGAGGAUUUACUUGCUAGGGUUAAAAAUAUUUAUACCCAUACUCUUCCUCACGUGGGCCAUUUUGGUCCCGGUUAACUGGACGAACAAUUGGCUCGAGCUCUCAAAAGCAACUUACAGUGAUAUCGAUAAGCUUUCCAUAUCAAACAUUCCACAAGGCUCUCACAGGUUUUAUGCACAUGUAGUAAUGGCAUAUGCUGUUACAUUUUGGACAUGUUUUGCUUUGAAGAGGGAAUAUGAGACGGUUGCAAAGAUGCGGUUACAUUUUCUUCAAUCAGAAAAACGUCGCCCUGAUCAAUUUACAGUUCUUGUGAAGAAUGUGCCACCAGAUGCCGAUGAAUCCGUUAGUGAGGCCGUUGAGCAUUUCUUUCUAGUUAACCAUCCCGAUCACUAUCUAACUCAUCAGGUUGUACUAAAUGCAAACAAGCUUGCAAAAUUGGUUGAAGAGAAGAAAAGUAAGCAAAACUGGCUAGUUUAUUACCAGAAUAAAUAUGAAAGAAAUCAAUCAAAACGACCCAUGAUGAAGACUGGUUUUCUUGGACUUUGGGGAGAGAAAGUGGAUGCUAUCGAACAUCACAUAGCGGAAAUCGAGAAACUCUCAAAUGAAAUAGCUGAAGAAAAGGAUAACGUUAGAAACAACCCGAAAGCUAUAAUGCCUGCAGCAUUUGUAUCGUUUAAGACACGUUGGGGAGCUGCGGUUUGCGCACAAACACAACAGGCGAGAAACCCGACCCUCUGGUUGACCGAGUGGGCCCCAGAACCACGAGACGUUUACUGGCCAAAUUUAGCGAUUCCUUAUGUUUCAUUGACUGUUAGAAGGCUUUUAAUGUCGGUUGCGUUUUUCUUUCUCACUUUUUUCUUCAUCAUUCCCGUCGCGUUUGUGCAAUCGCUUGCGAACAUCGAAGGUUUGGAGAAGACUGCAUCUUUUCUUAAGCCUAUAAUUGAAAUAAAACCUAUCAAAGCAUUUAUACAAGGUUUUCUACCCGGGAUUGCGUUAAAGAUCUUUCUAAUCCUUCUACCGACAAUCUUAAUGAUCAUGUCGAAAUUUGAGGGUUUUUUGAGUAUUUCGAGGCUUGAACGAAGAUCUGCAUCAAGAUAUUAUCUUUUCAACUUCUUCAACGUGUUUUUAGCGAGUGUGAUUACCGGAACCGUGUUAGAACAGCUACAAACAUUCCUAAAGAAAUCCGUAAACGAUCUCCCCGCGACAAUUGGAGUGGCUAUCCCAAUGAAAGCAACAUUUUUUAUAACGUAUAUUAUGGUUGAUGGUUGGAGUGGUACGGCUGGAGAGAUUUUGAGAUUAAAACCUUUGAUAAUCUAUCAUUUGAAGAACUUUUUCUUGGUUAAAACUGAAAAAGAUAGAGAAGAAGCCAUGGAUCCUGGAAGCAUUGGUUUUGAUACAGGCGAACCGCAAAUACAAUUGUAUUUUUUAAUCGGGCUUAUAUAUGCUGUGGUCACCCCACUUUUAACCCCCUUUAUUCUGGUCUUCUUCGCCCUUGCAUAUGUUGUUUAUCGUCAUCAGAUUAUAAACGUUUAUAAUCAAGAAUACGAAAGCAGCGCAGCAUUUUGGCCAGAUGUUCAUGGACGUAUAAUCGGGGCACUUGUAAUAUCACAGUUACUUUUAAUGGGAUUGUUAGGCACAAAAGAAGCCGCAUCUUCAACUCCAUUUCUUCUCGCACUUCCAGUUAUGACCAUCGGUUUCCACAAGUACUGUAAAGGUCGGUUCGAGCCUGCAUUUAUCCGAAACCCGUUACAGGAGGCCAUGAUGAAAGACACGCUUGAAAGAGCACGAGAGCCUAAUCUAAACCUAAAAGGGUACCUUGACAAAGCAUACCUUCCUCCGAUUUUCAAGGAAGCCGAAUCCGACUCGGAAGACGACGAUGAUGAUGAUGACGGUGAUAAAAAGUGGGCGAAGGAUAACGUGUUGGUCCCGACCAAGAGACAGUCGCGUAGGAACACGCCUGUCCCUAGCAAAAUGAGCAACGGUUCAUCACCGAACCUACUGGAGAUCCAAGAGAAGGAUAGACCAUAAGUGAACAGAGUUUGGAUGUGGAGGGUAAUUCUGUAAAUUUAAGCAGAUAUUAUAUAAGCUCUUGGUUUUUAGGUGUCAAAAGCAUGGAUUUGUAGAUGUUUUUGAGUUGCAUGUAAUUAUAUAAAGAGUUUUAUUUUGAAAUGCUUGUAAAUCGACUGAAAUAACCUUACGUUGUGUCUUGCAUGCAUGCAAGCUUCAAAAAGUUUUAUUUUGAUUGUCCCACC